CCGCCUCCCACAUGACGACAACAGAAGCUCAGAUCAGCCAUUGGUCAAUAUUCUCAUUAGGCCCACAGCUCUGCGCUGAUUGGUCAAUGCUGUCACGUUACACAAGCUGUUUCGUAAAUUUUAAAAGCAAGUUGUGUAAGGUGAUUUUUGAUUUAAUAACCGCGCUCAGAGCAUUCAUAACGCUGCAGAGAAGUCAGGUCAUCUCCAUCCAGACACGCUGAGUGAAGCUGUCAGGUUGCAGCGAUGUGGGCUCCAGGUGUGUUGCUGCUGCUGGGGGGACUGUUCGGGCCGUGCCUCUCUCUGAGCUCUGAGCCCAUGUUUCAGGUGGUAACACAGACGAUGCUUCCUCCUGACAGUCUGCACAAUCCCACACAGCUCAACUAUGGGAUGGCUGUAACGGAUGUUGAUGGUGACGGAGACCUGGAGGUGGUUGUUGCAGGGUACAAUGGGCCCAACCUGGUGCUGAAGUAUGAUCAGACCCAGAAGAGGCUGGUGAACAUUGCAGUUGAUGACAUCAGCUCUCCGUUCUACAACCUGAGGGACCGAGAGGGAAACGCUAUCGGGGUGACAGCGUGUGAUGUGGACGGUGAUGGCCGGGAGGAGAUCUACUUCCUCAACACAAACAAUGCCUUCUCCGGACGGGCGACUUAUUCUGACAAGCUGUUCAAGUUUCGUAACGGUCGCUUUGAAGAUCUUCUGGGUGACGAGCUGAACGUGCGUCGUGGCGUCGCUAACGGCAUGGCGGGACGAUCGGUGGCCUGCGUUGACAGAAAGGGAACAGGCCGAUACUCCAUCUACGUGUCCAACUACGCCAGCGGCAGGGUGGGGGCCCACGCCCUCCUAGAGAUGGACGAGACCGCCAGUGACAUCACCAAGGGCGUCAUUGCUCUGUCUGACGUGGCGGCUGAGGCCGGGGUCAACAAGUUAACAGGUGGGCGUGGCGUGGUGGUGGGACCGAUCCUCAGCCCGGCCAGAUCAGACGUGUUCUGUGAUAAUGAGAACGGACCCAACUUCCUGUUCAAGAAUAAUGGAGACGGGACUUUUGUUGAGAUGGCCAGACAUGCAGGGUUGGAGGACCGCUACCAGCACGGCAGAGGAGUCGCUCUGGCCGACUUCAACGGAGACGGAAAGACAGACAUCGUCUACGGAAACUGGAACGGAGAACACAGACUUCUCCUGCAGGGCAGCGACUCCACCUUCAGGAACAUCGCCACCGGACGCUUCGCAGCAGCGUCUCCCAUCAGAACCGUCAUCGCCGCCGACUUUGACAACGACCAGCAGCUGGACGUCUUCUUCAACAACAUCGCUUACAGAGGCAGCGCUCCCAACAGGCUGUUCAGGGUGGAGAGGAGAGCUGGUGCAGAUCCUCUGAUCCAGGAGCUGAAUGUGGGAGACGCUGCAGAGCCGCAGGGACGAGGGACAGGUGGCGCCGCCACGGACCUGGACGGGGACGGACAGCUGGACCUGCUGCUGGCUCACGGAGAGAGCGCCAGGCAGCCCAUCUCUGUCUACAAGGUCGCACAGGGCUCGUCUAACAGGUGGCUGCGUGUCGUCCCUCGUACCCGCUACGGAGCGUUUGCGCGCGGAGCGAAGGUGACGGCGUUCACCAGACGGAGUGGAGCUCACACACGCAUCAUCGACGGAGGCUCAGGGUACCUGUGUGAGAUGGAGCCGGUCGCACACUUUGGUUUAGGAGGUGAUGAGGUGACGGUGCUGGAGGUCUCCUGGCCAGACGGCAGCUCCGUCACUCGAACUCUUCAGUCUGGUGAAAUGAACUCUGUGGUGGAAGUCGCGUUUCCCAGAAAAGGGGAAACAUCUCUGCUCAGCAAUGACACGCAGUGUGGUUCUGGCUUUGCUGUCAAGAGUGGCCGCUGUGCAGGUCUGUGAAGAUAAUCACAUGAAAAGCAAUCUAAACACUUCUGAGGAAAUUCAAACAGUGUUAAAUCCUUUUCUUUUUUAUUGUCCUUUAACCUUUUAACACCUACAUUGUUGUUACAAGUGUUUUCCUAUUUGGCAUGUCAA